GCAUUUUGGUAAAUUUAUUCAUAUAUAAACCCUUAAAGACCUUCCUUUCGUCGACGAAAUAGAUUUUCGACUUCUGCUCCUUUCCGCCGCAGGACGAUGGCCCAACACGGCCAAUUUUCCAUAAACCCCAUGGUAUCCAUCGCCGGUAAUCCUCAGUAUCAAGCCGACACGUCAGCUGGCGUCAAGCGUCGGCGCGAAGAAGGCGAUGGCUUCAAUGCCUACACGGGAGGGUUAGAGGAAUCGGCACCGAAGCGGCAAGCAAAAGCGCAGGACGUGCUGUUUCGAAUUGUGGUUCCCUCGAGGCAGGUCGGGAAAGUAAUCGGCCAAGGAGGAAAGCGCAUCCAGAAGAUCCGUGAAGACACCAAAGCUACCAUAAAGAUUGCCGAUGCCAUCGCCCGCCACGAAGAGCGUGUGAUUAUCAUAAGUUCUAAGGACAAUGACAAUGCAGUUUCUGAUGCAGAGAGAGCCCUCCAGCAAAUAGCUGGGUUAAUUCUCAUGGAAGAUGACAAUGUUGUGGAGGCAGCUAAAGUGGUUAGUUUAGGACAUGUAGCUGCUAAUACUAUAAGGCUAUUGAUAGCCGGUUCACAAGCGGGUUCCCUGAUAGGAAUAUCGGGUCAAAAUAUAGAGAAAUUAAGGAACUCAUCUGGUGCCACAAUUACGGUUCUCGCUCCAAAUCAGCUGCCCUUGUGUGCAUCUGCCUAUGAGUCUGAUCGAGUUGUGCAGAACAAUCUUACCUCUGAAAGGUGUCAUUCGUUUAGCUCAGAUGAAUAG